UAUAUUCCAUGUUGUCGGCAUUAGUCUGCUCGUAAAUCUUAUUUAUUAUUUAGAAGUUUGUGGAACCAUUUUACUGCUAGCGAGAUGUCUAAGCGUCGCAUCGAAGUUGGUGAAACGUAUGGAUUCAAACUAAAAAAGGAAACAACGGCUUCGACUUCAGCUUCCGCCGCUGGUUCCAUGGCACCUAUUGCGGGGGGAUUCGUUCCAAAUAAACAGCCACCAACUAUUAAUCCGUACACGAUGAAGCCGUACUCUCAGCGUUAUCAAAACUUGUACAAGAAACGCAUUACCUUACCGGUGUUUGAGUACCAAGCAGAUUUUAUGCGUUUACUUAAUCAGCAUCAAUGCAUUGUGUUGGUAGGUGAAACGGGCUCAGGCAAGACAACACAAAUACCACAGUGGUGUGUGGAGUUUGCCGUGUCUAUUGGACGUAAAGGUGUUUCCUGCACACAGCCCCGACGCGUGGCCGCUAUGUCUGUGGCGCAGCGCGUAUCUGAGGAAAUGGAUGUAAAUCUUGGUGAAGAGGUAGGGUACUCCAUACGUUUCGAAGACUGCUCUUCGCCGAAAACGGUGUUGAAAUAUAUGACGGACGGUAUGUUGUUGCGUGAAGCCAUGUCCGAUCCGAUGUUAGAACAGUAUCAAGUUAUACUACUCGAUGAAGCGCAUGAACGUACGUUAGCAACAGAUAUACUUAUGGGCGUUCUAAAAGAAGUCAUACGCCAACGCAAUGACUUAAAAUUAGUCGUGAUGUCUGCGACACUUGAUGCAGGAAAAUUUCAGCAGUAUUUUGACAAUGCGCCGCUUAUGAAUGUACCGGGUCGUACUCAUCCCGUAGAGAUUUUCUAUACACCAGAGCCAGAACGGGAUUACUUAGAGGCUGCUAUACGUACGGUUAUACAAAUACAUAUGUGUGAGGACAUUGAGGGUGAUAUACUUAUGUUUCUUACUGGUCAAGAGGAGAUCGAGGAAGCCUGUAAGCGUAUUAAGCGUGAAAUUGAUAAUCUUGGCUCCGAAAUUGGCGAACUUAAAUGCAUACCUCUGUACUCGACGCUCCCUCCAAAUCUACAACAACGUAUUUUUGAAACAGCUCCACCGCCAAGUGCAAAUGGAGCCAUUGGUCGUAAGGUUGUCGUGUCUACCAACAUUGCUGAGACUUCAUUAACCAUAGAUGGGGUCGUAUUUGUUAUUGAUCCGGGCUUUGCCAAGCAAAAAGUAUACAAUCCGCGCAUACGCGUGGAAAGUUUACUCGUCUCACCAAUUUCGAAAGCCUCUGCACAGCAGCGUGCUGGACGUGCGGGCCGAACGCGACCUGGUAAAUGUUUCCGUUUGUAUACUGAAAAGGCUUUUAAAAACGAAAUGCAGGAUAAUACUUAUCCGGAAAUAUUACGUUCAAAUCUAGGCACAGUAGUGUUACAGUUGAAAAAACUUGGUAUCGACGAUUUAGUACAUUUUGACUUCAUGGACCCACCUGCACCUGAAACGCUGAUGCGUGCCCUUGAGCUGCUAAACUAUUUGGCCGCUCUCGAUGAUGAUGGUAAUUUAACAGACUUGGGUGCUGUUAUGUCAGAGUUCCCACUGGAUCCGCAGUUGGCUAAGAUGCUGAUAGCAAGCUGCCAACACAAUUGCUCCAACGAGAUACUCUCGAUCACGGCUAUGUUGUCGGUGCCACAAUGUUUCGUGCGACCCAAUGAGGCCAAGAAAGCAGCCGACGAGGCAAAGAUGCGGUUCGCGCACAUAGAUGGGGACCACCUUACGUUGCUGAAUGUAUAUCACGCCUUUAAACAGAGCAGUGAGGAUCCCAACUGGUGCUAUGAAAACUUCAUCAAUUUUCGUUCCCUGAAGAGUGCCGACAAUGUGCGUCAGCAGCUUGCACGUAUUAUGGACCGUUUUAGUUUGAAACGAACCAGCACCGAGUUUACAUCAAAAGAUUACUAUGUCAAUAUCCGCAAAGCCCUUGUUCAGGGAUUUUUUAUGCAGGCGGCACACUUGGAGCGUACAGGCCACUACUUGACCAUUAAAGAUAAUCAAAAUGUACAACUUCAUCCGUCAACAUGUUUGGAUCAUAAGCCUGAUUGGGUAAUAUACAAUGAGUUUGUGCUUACUACCAAAAAUUAUAUACGUACUGUGACGGAUGUGAAGCCUGAAUGGUUGCUCAGUUUGGCACCACAGUACUAUGACUUAAACAACUUCCCACAAUGCGAGGCCAAACGCCAAUUGGAGCUUUUGCAGCAGCGAAUGGAGUCUAAACAGUACCAAAAGGGAUUUUGAAAUGGUACACAUUUUUUGCUAGUUUAAAAAUAUCGAUAAACUGAACCAUGAAAAUUCCCUACUCAGAAUUUGAUUUUCAGCUAAUAUUUGUGUUACAGACAACCACUUUUAAGCUAUUUACUAGUUGGUAGGUAAUAAAAUGUAUUUUUUGUAUAAGUAAAUUCAAUGGGGGUACUUGUA